AGAAACGUAUCAAGAACUUUUGAAUUUUAGCGCGAUUUCCUUAUUUGUUUGCCAAGAGGGUGUGGCGAUAUUUUGGUUAUUUUCCUUGUCAGCUCUAGAGAUAGCGCGGCUUUUAGUCUCCUUCAGUUAUAGAAGACGUUAGUAUGAGUUCCCAAUCACGGUAUUUGCCAAACAAUAUUCCAAUUGGGGAGGACAGCGUGCUGAACCGCAGCUUGCUCAAGUGCAGUGUCAUUGAGAAAUAUGAAGCUAUCAUCCAGAAACAACCGCCGGACCCAAAGGACACGGAGGGCGGUAUCUAUGUUGGCAUAGCAGGGAUAGGCUAUCUCUGUUAUCACCUCAGCAAGUCGCCGCUUUUUCAAGACAGCAGGGAAGCCCUGGUUACCAAAGGCAAGGAAUAUCUGGCAGCUGCGCUUGGGGCGAUCCGAAACAAAGAUGGCAGUUCAAAGGACGACACAGCGUUCAUUCUUGGAAAUGCAGGAAUCAAUGCUGUUGCUGCCGCAAUGUACAAUGAUGAAGGUUUCCUGAGGGACUAUGCCCAGGGAUUGGCAAAUUGCAAAAAGACGAAUUUCCUGACCUGCGGAAGUGAUGAGCUCUUUGUCGGCAGAGCUGGUUACCUUAUGGGUGUACUGUGGCUCCGGAAAGCUCUGCAGAAACCUGUGAUCGCUGACAAAGACCUGAUGGCCGUGUGCACCACCAUUGUCGAGUCUGGUCGACACUAUGCACGCCAUCAUCGCAGCCCUUGCCCACUGAUGUUUGCUUACUACAACACCGAGUAUUUUGGCGCAGCACAUGGCUUGUGCACUAUUCUGCAAGCCCUGCUGAGCGUCCCAAGCUUCAUCAGCAGCAGUGACCCUUCAGUCGAAAAAGAUAUCCAAGCCAGCGUCGACUAUCUUCUUUCUCUGCAAACUCCUUCUGGAAAUUUUCCCUGUGACCAAUCAGAAACCGGAGCUGCUUCUAGAUCCGAGUCUGAUGAACUGGUCCAUUGGUGCCAUGGCGCUCCAGGUGUUGUCUACCUAAUGGCCAAAGCCUAUCAAACUUGGAAUGAUGAGAAAUACCUGCAAUCAUGCGUUAAGUGUGCUGAAGUCACAUGGAACAAAGGCUUGCUCACUAAGGGGCCUGGAAUUUGCCAUGGCGUAGCUGGUAGUGGCUAUGUCUUUUUGCUUCUGUUCCGUCUGACAGGAGAGCAACACUACUUGCAGCGGGCUCAUGCAUUUGCCAGAUUCAUCGAUUCUGAAGAGUUCAAGCCAUAUUUGUUGAAGCCAGAUUGCCCAUUCAGCCUGUAUGAAGGACUAGCCGGAACAUGCUGCUUCUUGAAUGAUCUCGCUUAUCCAGACACAGCUUCAUUCCCAUUCUCUGAUAUAUUCUAAUUCAUUUUACAUGGCUUAUUUUCAGCAAUAACCUUGCCAAACUUUCCAUCUUAAGAGAUAUGAUUAUAACAAUAACACAUUAAGGUUUUAUAAUGUAACCAGAACAAAGUAUGGAUAUUUUUACUUUCUUGGGUGAUUGUACUUCUUGUCAAGACUGAGAGUCUCAAAUCUCGAUACCAUUGUUAUCAAAUAACAAAAUAAAUGGAUUUAGGGAUAUUAAAAAAUUA